AGUCAUGAAUGAACUGGAGGCCACCUGACACACGGGCCUGUUGGACUAGAUAAUAAGAUUGGCCCGGACUAGAAAGCAGUCAUUGUUUACUAUCUCUUAUAGUAGUAGACCUAUUAUUAACAGAAGAUACCGAAGUACAUGUCUGAGCCGGUCAUAAAUUUUGAUUUAACCAAUGCACUUCUCUUAAGUUUCUAAGCUGUAUGGUGACGAAGUCAUUUAUUUUUAAAACAAGGGGACCACUAGGAGACGCUGUUUUGUAAAAUAUUUAAUUGUUUUGUGAAUUUCUUUGGUCAGAUGUAACGAACUUGGAUUCGUCAUUAUAGAUUUACGGCUGAGAUCGAUGCUGGCAUGACAUGCUUAGGUCUGCACUCUGCCGUGUACGUGCAUAUUUUGUGUACGUAGUGCAAUAAAUCUGGACUUCUCACUGGAUACAACUUGGCUAAUCAAAGAACUAUAAUAUUUGUUCAUUAUAACUCUCAAAAACUGCCGAAGUCACGUGACGUUCUCAAACUUGAAAAUGAUGACAUGAUUGACAAUGUGUAUCGGAUAACACGACCGAAUAAUUAUUUCAUAAACAUAGGACGAUAGAAGGAGUUAACAUGCAAAUAUUUAUUCCACAAGGAGCUGUGUGAUGUUAAUUUCAAUUGUGACAACUAAUAGUAAAUAUAUAGGCUAGAGAGGCGUAAAGUACAUCACUAGCCAAAAACUUGUCAAGCCAAAGAUGUUUCAGCAUUAAUGGUAAAGUGUCUGCUGCAGAGGGCCUUCGCCUCUUGGAUUUUGAUCUAAUGGUGCCAGGAGAAUUUGAAACCCACAGAUCUACAUACUUGUAUGUUUGCUACUGGAAUGGCUCCUGAAACGCCCACGAGGAGGCAAAAUGAAGACAGUGCAAACACACUGAGAAACGGAGAUUAUAGCCCCCUGUCAUCGCCACACAAUAACACCAACAAUAAUAAUAACCAUGCGCCCAAAUAUGGGAGUCUGACACCUCAGAACUCUCUAUGCGACAAAGAAGGGCAGCCUACCAAUAGAAGCCCGUCGCUUUUAGCGCCGCCGGCUGCGUAUUCUCGAGAAAGGAGGCUUAGUUCGUCUUCUUGCGAUUCGUCCGUUUCGAACGCCGCAAGAAGACGCAUGCGAAGGAAUUCUUCCUCGAGGCUAUCCGACCUCGACGAUGACAAAAAAGAGAUAACUCUGCUGACAUUCGCCAAAGGGGCGCAAUUUGUGGGGAAGAAAAUUGGAGCGGGUUUCAAAAAGGCUGUCGGGAAACUUUUUGUGCCUCGACUUCAGAAACAGAAACUUGUUCAUGAAGCAGAAGUAAUGGAGGAGGUGUGUUGCAUUUGCAAAGAUUAUAUCAUCAACAAAUUAACUUUGAGGGAUCUGAUGAGCAGAAAGGUUGGAUUUACUCAGACCAACUCCAAGAACUCUGUACACAUUAUUAACGCCGGCACUGCUUUAGAAAUGAUGUAUCCAAGGACUUACUCCAAUGUGUCAAGGAAGCUCUCCAUGACUAUGAGUUCAGUAAAGAUUGUUCGCACGACGUUAUCUCUCUUCCUGGAGAUUCUCUUUGAAGGAUCUAUUACCUGGGGCAAGGUGGUCUCAAUGUUUACUGUGGCAGGCUUGUUUGCAGAAGAAUGCGCUAGCCAGGGACACGCUGACUUCGUCCAAGAAGUUGUUCAUGUUGUUGUGGACUAUACCGGAAGUAGCCUGCUGCCGUGGCUCGUGCAGCAAGGAGGAUGGGAUGCCUUUCCAUUGCCUGGUUGCAGUCAAAAUAGUCGUCUGAGCAAGCUUAGACUUUUGAUUGUUGCUUGCGGCGCGACGGCUGUAGCUGUUUCCAGUUCAUCCAUUCUCGAUUUUUGGUGAGAACCACGCGUGGAAUCAGGUCUCCGUGGCAACGGUCCCCUUGACAUCACGCUAGCAUUACAUUAGAAAACUAUUUUGCCGACAUUAAAAAUACAUAUUUUUGUUUGUUCCAUCUUGCAAUGCAAAAGAUCCUGAUGUCUGCAGUAUAUCUUCCUUUUUUUAGUCGAAGAUGAGCAGAUUUCUCAUUGACUAGGAACUUGAAGAUGGCUCUGGAGUCGAAUCAUCUAUUUGAAAAGGCGGCCACGUGAUGACUGUAAUAACCAUUGACUCGGUUAAAAAAACAACCCUACAACACAAUGAGUUCAUGGACGCGGCGUGAAGUCAUUAAAUGCAUAUAGUUCCUGGUGAAAAAUAAUUGUAUUUAUUAUGGUUUCAAAUCAAAGGCUAUCCAUGAUUUUCAAUCAUAAAAUAUUUAAGAAAAUAAAAUGUAUUAAUUCAUGUUUCUGUUAUGAACAAUAUAAACAACCAAAAAUCACUUGCAUGUAGAAUAUUUAUAACGUUUUAGUCCAUUGAAGACAAAUAACAUUCCAUGUAUGGUGGUUUCUUUUUGGAAAACAUUUGUUGUUAUAGGCUACUAAUGGACUCUUUGAAUUCUGGAGAGACUACUCAGUUUUCAAUUGAAACUUGAUUUAAUUUUGUGCCUUACUAUUUACAAAUCUCUACUUGUUUAUUUGUGACUUUAGUCACAACAAAAUUUAAGUAUGUUAACAAUCAACUGGAAGAUUUAUUUUUUUUUGUUCAGAUUGCUAUGAAUUAGAUGACUUUAAACUAGUGUUAAAGUUCCUCUUUCUGACUUUACGAUCGAUAGGGCAGAUGAUGUAAAGAUUAUCGAUUGUAAUGAAAUGAAAAAUUGUGAUGUCAUUUUAAGAAAUAGCUUGAUUACUAGAGAUUAUUUAUUUCACGUUUUCACAGACUUGUCUUUCUGCGGUCCCUGUGUUAAUUGUCUUUCAUUAGUUUCAUCAACUUUUUUCGUUUGCUGGUUUGAAAAAAAAAAACCAAAGAAAAUGAACCCAUGCAGUACAUGAAUUUCAAAGUUUUGUGCGUAUGAAUUUUUGUGAUCUAAUUGUUUCAACACUUUUUCUAUUCCUAGUUUUACAAAUGAAUAAAAGUGCACAAUCAAACUAUUUAUUAAU